CGGACACCAGCGGCGGGAACCCCCGGGCCUCCUCGUGGCCGAGCCUGAGCUAGCGACCCCCGGGCUCCCCGGAGCUCCCCUCUUUUCCCUUUCCCCCCCUGCUUUCGCAGCCGCCGCCGUCACCGCUUCAGCUCUCCGUUAUGGCAACUGAGCCGCCAUCCCCGCUCCGGCUCGAGGCUCCCAGUCCCCCCGAAAAGCGGACCACGCAGCCGGCCGAGGCCGCCCCCGAGGGCACCCCGCAGCCGGUGGGCGGCAGGCUCCGCUUCCUCAACGGCUGCGUGCCCCUGUCGCAUCAGGUGGCCGGGCACAUGUACGGGAAGGACAAAGUGGGUAUACUGCAGCACCCAGAUGGCACUGUUUUAAAACAGCUGCAGCCACCCCCAAGGGGUCCAAGAGAGCUGGAAUUUUAUGAUAUGGUUUAUGCUGCUGAUUGUAGUGACAGUAUUCUUUUAGAACUACGAAAAUAUUUGCCAAAAUAUUUUGGCAUCUGGUCACCUCCUACUGCACCAAAUGAUUUAUACCUAAAACUGGAAGAUGUGACCCAUAAAUUUAAUAAGCCCUGUAUAAUGGAUGUAAAGAUAGGACGAAAAAGCUAUGAUCCUUUUGCUUCAUCAGAGAAGAUUCAGCAACAAGUCAGCAAGUACCCAUUAAUGGAAGAAAUUGGGUUCUUGGUGCUUGGCAUGAGGGUUUAUCAUGUUCAUUCUGAUAACUAUGAGACACAAAACCAGCACUAUGGAAGAAGCUUAACAAAAGAAACUAUAAAGGAUGGAGUCUCCAAGUUUUUCCAUAAUGGAUUCUGCUUAAGAAAAGAUGCCAUUGCUGCCAGUAUUCAGAAGAUUGAGAAAAUUUUGCAGUGGUUUGAAAGCCAGAAGCAGCUUAAUUUUUAUGCAAGUUCAUUACUGUUUGUUUAUGAAGGUUCAUCUCAGCCAACCACUACAAAAUCGAAUGACAGAACUUUGGCAGAAAAGUUUUUGUCCAAAGGACAACUGUCAGAUACAGAAGUCUUGGAAUACAAUAAUAACUUCCACGUGUUGAGUUCAACAAUGAAUGGAAAAAUAGAGGCUUCAGUAGGCAAAAGUUUAUCUAAAAUGUAUGCUCGUCACAGGAAAAUGUAUUCAAGAAAACAUCACAGUCAGGCUUCAUUGAAGGUUGAAAAUCUGGAGCAAGACAAUGGGUGGAAAAGCACGCCCCAGGAACAUUUAAAUGGAAAUGUGCUUUCCAAACUGGAACAAGUUUUCUACCACCUUCCCACAGGUUGCCAAGAGGUUGCAGAAGUAGAAGUGCGAAUGAUAGAUUUUGCUCAUGUGUUCCCUAGCAACACAAAAGAUGAGGGAUAUGUUCAUGGGCUAAAGCAUUUAAUUACUGUACUGAGAAGUAUUUUAGACAAUUGAAUCCUUUGAUGCAAUCUUUUGAAGGAGUGGGCCGAUCACAAGGGAACAGUGGUCAAUAUCCCUGUACUUGUAAUACUAUGUAAAAAAUUUGUAUUGUGAGUCUACAUUUUAUUUGUCUUUAUACUUUUGGUGGAAGGGUUUAACUUUUUUAUAAUCUUACUCAGGAAAAUAUUUGUUCAUUAGAAAACUAUGAAGAAUAAGGAAACUUAGGAAUGUUAAGCAGGGACCGUGGUGGUACAUGGCUUUUAAUGAUCUGUUUUGCUCAAGCAAAAUGUAAACCAUUUUUCAGUCAUUAAGAGUUUAGUUAACCUUCUGUAGCCAGUUUAUCAUGAAACCUCUGUCCACCCCACUCUGACAGUGAGCCAUAUUUAACUCACAUUAUUAGAACCCCUACGGAACUCUAGCAAGCACAGGUGGAUGCCCUCAGCAUUGCUACGUAUGAUGUUAUUAAAACUGGAGGAAAUGAUACUUCAGAAAUACGUGCUGUUUAGGGUCUCUAGGAAAGGUUCAGGCCAGCAUAUCAAAAGGUGCUUCUUAGUGGAGUUAUUUAGAAUUGUUUGUAUUUCAAAGCAGAUUUUUCCCUUUGAUUUUUAGGUAUACAGACAUAAUAUUUCAAAAAUAGUUCACUUUCAGGAAAAAGCACAACAGCAAUGUGAAAUUCUUGCCAGACACAGGGGAAGAGAGGUUAUUUACAAGGAACAAAAAUUUAUGUAUUUUAAAAAUCCUUCAUUUAUGGAAAAAUUGGAUUUACUAAGGUACACGAGGUAUCAUUAACCAUAGCAGACCUUUUCCUUUUAGCUGUAGCUUCAAAGGGUGGAUAAUUGAAGAUAUGUUUGAUAUUGCCUUAUUUCUCCCUUAAACAACUUCUGAGAGCUGGGUUUUUUUUAUUCAAAUUUUUUUAUUUCCAUUUCAGCAUUAAUAUAAAUGUAUGUUGCUAAAAAUAGUGUUUCUCAGAAUUCUUCAAAGGACAUCUAGUAAUGUAUUACUAAAAUUACUCUCAUAUGUUAAUUGGUACAUUAUAUAGAGUUCGAUACAUACCUAAAUUCAUCUUCUCAUCCACUCUUCCUCAAAACAGUUUUAUAUCACAUUCAACAGAAACAUUAUAAUUUACUAAUUUUAUGGAGGGCAAUGCUACUUUUCCCGGAAAAGAAGGCUAGAUUUUUAAGUAUUAUCUGGGUUUCAUACUUACCAACUUACAAGAAAGGUAUUUUUAAUUAAAAAAUGUAAAUCUUGGAAAUUAAAUUUGCAAAUAUGUUUGAUAUUUAUGGUCCCACUAUGGGCAUUUUGAUUCACUAAGAACACUUCUGCAUUGCUGAAGAAUUUUGCCAUUUUCCUGGAAGAGGUUUAGAGUUGUGAAUUGUUUAAAUACCCUUGCCCCUCAAUAAUUACAAAUUAAAUCUUUAAAUCCAAAUGGCUGGUUUGUGGUCUGGAAGAAAGUACACCAAAUUUGUGUUUAUCUUCCCACCCCUCCCUGAGGAUACUUUGCAAAUACCUGCUUCCAAACAGUAGUACCAAAUACUCAAUAAAUUGUUGUUUUGGUAAACCUAUUAAAUCUGAUAUACAUAAUUAAAAAUUCAUAUGCAAUUUGUCAUAGCAAAAUUUGAUGGUGUUUUCCAUAGAGUAUUCAGUGUCUACUACCUAAGCAAUUAUUGGCUGUAGCUUUUUAAAAAAAAUUUUAUUUUUAUUGGGGGCUCAUACAACUCAUCACAAUCCAUAUAUACAUCAA